AUGACCGCAGUCGCAAACCCGCCAAAUUUUUCCAACUCGAGACAAGCAUGGGGUGCAAUUAACGGGAAUCAUCAAAUGAAUUCAGAAGAAGGCCGAGGUGGCAUGGGCAUGUUCGCGCCGCGCAAGCCACUUAGUCGGUCCAACUCUUCCUCAUCUGUCUCAUCAACCUCGUCGAAUUCUUCCGCUACCACAGUUGCCUCGAACGGAUCCCUCGCCAAUGGCACUCCUUUGUCUUCGACUACCGAUCUGAGCCAAUGGUCGGCCAACGGCGCCCCUCGAAAACGACCCCAACCGAAAACCUCCUGGCCUCCUGGGAAAGGGGAAUAUCAACAACAAGACAUGUCUCGAAUGUCCCAAGGCAGAGCUCAGGGCAUGAUGGCCGCCCAUGGACCUGUACAAGGUGGCCAGGUUCAAAUGGCCCCUCAAGGCAUGAUGCGCAUGCCAGGUGAACAAGUUCCUCCUGGCCAACCCGUACUAUACCUAUUAUCUCUGAACGGCACAUUUGAACGAAAAACGAUUGCCGUUCCUUUUGCGCCCGAAACUCUCCGAAUCGGUCGACAGACCAACCAAAAAACAGUUCCGACGCCUACCAACGGUUUCUUUGACAGUAAAGUGCUUUCAAGACAACAUGCUGAGAUAUAUGCGGAACGAAAUGGCAAGAUCUACAUCCGCGAUGUCAAGUCUUCAAACGGAACCUUUGUUAACGGCACCCGUCUAUCUCAAGAAAAUCGUGAAUCCGAGCCCCAUGAGUUGCAGACUUCUGAUCACCUCGAACUCGGUAUCGACAUUGUUAGCGAGGAUCAAAAGACUGUUGUUCACCACAAGGUGGCCGCCAAGGUUGAGCAUGCCGGGUUCAUGAGCGCUUCUAGUAAUGUGAUGGAUAUGAACUUUGGCGAUCUCGACCCAGCGAACGGUGCCAUGAUGAUGCCUUCUGGACCAAUGCAGUUGCGGGGCCGUACUAACAGUAACGCGUCUGCAGCCAGCAAUGGCCGAAUGAUGCCUAAUGGCGUCGGGGGAGUAAUGAAUGUGCAGGCCAACGGCAUGCCACAACAACGACCCUUCUUUCUUACACCUGUUGCGACCGAUCAGAUUUUGAAGCGACUUGCGAACGAAAUGCGCAAUGCUCGCCUUCAGGCACAGGACCUAGGUCGGACUAAUCAGUUCGUCCAUACACUAUUAUCCAAAGAUGACCUUAAGGAUCUCGAGAAGCCCGAGGCUAUGGAGCCCUCUAAGCCCAUGCCCGUAGUGAAUGGGAUGGGAGCACCUUUCCGGGAUCCCAAAGCGCGGUUUUCAGACCCUCCUGCCCCCCCACCACAACAACCUCUUCCCGAGAAGCCUGAUGUCCCUUCGCUUAAGCGUGGCCCAACUGAGCGGCCAAAGUCAGGGCCUCCCAACUCUCCUGUCCGGCCUGAUAAUCUCAGCCAGAUUGUCCAGCUUACCGAGGCGCUAAACAACGCUAAGCGAGACAUCGAUUCACAAACCGCCCGUAUGCGUGAACUGGAAGAGAUGUUGCAAAAGGAGAGAGUUGCCCGAGAAGAAGCCGAAGAGUUGGCCAAACGAUUAGAAGAGUCAGCUACCGUACACAUGAACGGAUCGGCCGUAACUGAAGAAGUGGAACCUUCGGUUGAAGUGACUGAAGUUCCGGAAGACGAAAAGACCAUCACCGCUGUUCCUGAAGUCGAAACAAUCGAUGAGACACCUGCUGUUGACGUAGCCCAAGAAACAGCCACAGCUCUCCAAAGCCGUAUCGACCUGAUGGAAACCCAGAUGCGGGGUAUGAAGGAGCAGAUGGAGGAGUGGAAGCAGCGAUGCGAGGCUGCUGAGUCUGAACGAGACGCUGAUAGAAAGACCCUGGCUGAGAUGGUUGUUCAGCUGCGUGCCGAGGAAGCACGACGAGAAGCAGCAGAAGAGAGAGCCCGAUCACGUUCCAGAAAGCGAGACGCAAACACCAAUGGUGUUGUUGAGUCAACCGCAAACUCCGUCGUACCUAAAGGCAUCGCCGGACCUGUGGAUGCUGUCGAGCCUUCCGUCGACGAAUCGAUAGACGUCCCAACGUUAUCACGGGCCAGCACUAUCACACCAGCAAGUAGUAGUGCGCGUGGUCAAGAUCAACGCCUCCAAGCUGCGUUACCAUAUGCCUCUAUGAUUGGUGUUGUUCUGUUCGGCAUGGGAUUGAUGGCCUAUAUCAAUGGAUGGCAAUCCGAGCCCCCACGUCCUGAGCAAUAA